ACUCUACAGUGUCAUUGACAGCAACAGAGAGAUGUAAGGAGAAAAUCGCACAAUGUUUGGGAGUAUCUCGGUGGGAGGGAUUCCUUCUGCAGGCGUGCAGAGCUCAGAGGCUGAACUGUUCCAGAGCGCAGAUAAAGAGAAGGGAGCGCAUCUCUGUGUCAGACACCUGAUGAGCAUCCCCCAAACUCUGGAAAGCAGCCGGGGACAGAACCUCCCGAGAGAUCACUGUUUUGGGGAUUUUAUCGAAGCUCUAUCAAGUUUGGAAAACACCAGCAAAGGAGUAUUACUUUUAUAAAAAUAGGCUACAGUGAUAAACUGGACUUUCAGAGAUGGCACUCUCUUUUCGACGCAGGUGUUUGCUUUUGCUGUGUUUGACAGCUAUCCAGGGUGGCCAUGCUUCCGUUCAGACAUGCAUGGAUAAGCACCAGGUGGUCGGGGUGCUCCGUCAGAUGGAGAAGUUUCUGAAAGGCCAGGAGAUGAGAUUCACCGAGGGCCUCAGGAUCAUGAAGUCAAAGCUGGCGACACUUCAGAACUCGGUCUCCAAGUUACCUCAAGCGGACCAGACAGCCGCUCCAACCACCUGCCCCUCUCUGGAAGCCCCUGCUCACGGAACAAAGUUCGGCUCAAAGUACUUUGUCGGACAUGAGGUCCACUUCACUUGUUCCCAGGGAUACCGUCUUGUUGGCUCUGCUACGCGGGCCUGUCGGGAUAACGGCACCUGGACGGGGAUCAGUGCUCUCUGUAAAGAUAUAAGUGAGUGCGAAAGUAAUCCCUGCCAAAAUGGAGGUACCUGCGUGGAAGGUGUUAACCAAUACAAAUGCAUCUGCGCCCAGAACUGGAGUGGCUCUCACUGUCAGCACCAAACACAGACAGCACCACCUGAGUGGAGCGUCAUGAACGAUCCAGCAUUCAGCCGGAGACCUCGCUGCGCCCAAGUGAACCAAGCCCAACACUGCAGCUGUGAUGCAGGCUUCCACAUGAGUGGCACCUCUGACAACAGUAUCUGUCAGGAUGUAAACGAAUGUGAAGUGUACCGGUUGGACCAAGGAGGGAAGCUGUGCGUCCACGAGUGUGUGAAUGUCCCGGGCUCGUACCGCUGCUCCUGCCCCAGCGGCUACAAGUUGCUUGCAGACAGGCGGAGCUGUGAGGAUGUGGACGAGUGUUUAAGCCAGCAGCACAACUGUAGCCGAGGGACAACUUGUAUCAACAUGGGGGGAGGCUUUCAGUGUGUCAACCCAGAGUGUUCCCGUUCUCAUGGCAACAUCAGCUACGUCAAGACAUCUCCCUUUCAGUGUGAGAGAAACCCCUGCCCCAUGGACAGCCGCUCCUGCCACCUGGCUCCUAAGACCGUGUCCUUCCACUACCUGUCUCUGAGCUCCAACCUGCAGACUCCUGCAACUCUUUUCCGUAUGGCGACCGCCUCCGCCCCAGGUCGCACCGGGCCCGACAGCUUGCGUUUCGGCAUAGUGGGCGGAAACUCCAGAGGUAUCUUUGCCAUGCAGCGUUCAGACCGGCAGACCGGGGAGUUGAUCCUGGUCCAGCAGCUGCGGGGGCCGCAGGAGAUCAGCAUAGACGUGGACAUGUCUGAGUACAGCGACCGCACCUUUCAGGCCAAGCAUGUAGCUAAGGUUAACAUUCUGGUUUCACCUUACAACUUCUGAGAGAGAGCUGGAGAUGGAGGAAGAUGAGACGUCGAGGUGAAGAAGAACACGGAGCAGUGUAAUGGGAACUGAGUUUCCUGGUACUUUAUCCCCUAUCAGUAAUUCAAUUGUCUGAGUAGCCAGUUGCAGGACAACACUUGUUCAGUGGCCAAAUACCACAAUAGUGAGAGUGGCAGGUACGGAGGCCCAUGUGGUUAUGACUUAACAACAGGUGAAAGAGGCGUUGCCAAUGUAAUCUUUCUACGUUCAUUUUUCUAUGUUUGACUUUUUUCCAAUACUCACCAGGCAACAAGAGGCUGAAAUGCACCACUACCCUACAUUUGGUAAAAUUACCUUUGUGUCUUAUCAGUUUAAAACACAUAUGAUUGUUUCUUAUGUUUGGAGUUUAUGGAUACAUUUUAAACUCUCUCUAGAAUACUUCAUUGUUUUAAGUCCAAUUUGGAACACGUUUUGCAGAUCAGACUCUUGUGGCCAGCACUUACAACACUUUCACCUGCCAACACUUAUUUCACGUGUUGCACAGACGAAAAACACUGUAAAAACUCGAAACCUUACCAAGUAUAUUGGUCUUAUUUCUAGUCAUAUAAUCUCUGUAUGUGUUUUUACACCUGAUAUAAGACAUAAUAACUUAAAGGUGGGGUAGGUAAUUUUGGAGAAACCAGCUCGAGUGGCUAGAAUUUGAAAAUACGCAACCGGAAAAAAAUCUGCCACUUCCUUACAGAGCCCCUCCUCCAACACACACGAAC